AUGACCAUUUCUUUUUCCCCCUGUGUAUUGUUUCGGGCUGCAUUGCAUGGAAGAUUGAGGUUAACUAAUGAAGAGUUAGUACAAAUCGACGGGCAUCACUUUUUGCAAAGUUGCUCUGCUGUAAAUCCUGAAUUGUGUGAGGCACUCAAAAAUGAAAUACAAGCAGAGAAACAACUGGAGGCUGAAAAUUUGGGUGGCGCUAAUGCUCCAAGCAUUCCUGGAUUUACGGUAACAACGAAGGACGCUGAGGUUCGGCUUACGAAGACUCACGGGAGUGAAAAGAUAUUGGUGAUCUUUAAUGUAAGCCACUCAGUUGACAUGGAUGAGUUUGAUGAAGAAGUUGAAGCGGUAAUACCACCUUUGCCAGUGGCACUGCCGCCUUUUUCAAUUGAGAUUACUAAAGGCGAAGAACGUUUGUGUUUCAACUUAGAACUGGUGCGCAACGCUGAUGAGGAGGGACAGUACGAUUUCCGAGUUGAAGAAUUUUAUGUGGCACCAGCUGCAAAAGGCCAGGAUGAAACGGUUGAUGAUUCAGUUUACGCAUCAUCGGGAAAAUAUAUCGAUCCUCAUCUUCACGAGCUUCUUUUCUUGCGAUAUCUGGAAGAGCGAGGAUUUAACGCUAAAUUUUGUCAAGAUUUAGUGAAUUUUGCGACUCAUUAUGAACAUUCCCAAUAUGUUUCGCUGCUAAGCAAAAUCAGAACUUUUGUUGGCAAACAGUAA